AUGACAGAAGAAAAGGAAAAGGUCCCAGAAAGUAUCAACCUUGGACUGAAACUGGAUGAAUACAACUAUCCAGUUUGGUCCAGACUAAUGGAGUUCAUCCUCGAAGGCAGAGGGAGGAUCCACCACAUCACCGGAGACCCCUCUCCUCCAAAAAAAGGCGAACAAAAGUAUAAGCAGUGGAGAGAGGCCGAUCUGAUUGUGAUGUCAUGGCUCCUCCAAACGAUGGAAACCCGACUUAUGACCCGGUUGUCCAAACAUCAGACCGCCAAAGCUAUCUGGGAUAGUUUGGCAAUCACAUACGGAACCACCAUCGAUCUGUUGCAAAGUUACGAACUUGAAAGAGAUACAAAUCCCUUUGCAGGGUGUGAAGAGGGUCUGCAAAUUUACCUGAAAAUCGUAGAGCAGAGGCGAUUGUUCCAGUUUUUGUCCGGCCUCGAUGGCACACUCGACGGAGUCCGUCGAGAUAUCCUCAAGGAGACUCCUCUACCAUCAGCCGAGGCGGCAUUCUCCAGAGUCCAGCUUGAAACCGGCCGCCUCCACAGUCGGCAGUCCAACCCAAGCCAAGGACCGGAAAUCACCCAGGUCGGCGCCGGAUUCGGAGCGAAGGGACAGAGGAAACCGACGACUAAAGAGAAAUUGGAUCGGUCGAAAUUGGUGUGCACACACUGCGGGAUGCGGAAACACACCAAGGAGGAGUGCUUCAAGCUAGUGGGCUACCCAGAAUGGUGGGGAGAAGGUCAUCGGACCUCCGGGAAGAGCGGCGUUGCAGUCAGCGUUGCAGUCCAGGAGAAAUCGGGGCAAACUCCAUUCGAUUCCUCCAAGGCAAACACGCAAGGGACGACCACCGUCGGUGGAUUUGGAGGGAUGGUGACCGGCGGACAAUACCGGCGCAGGGAGGGGGAAGGCUCAGAGACGACGAAUCAUGGGGAAUCGACGAGAGGAUAUCAGGACGAAGGCGAUUAUUGGGCGUGGCACUGA